AUGGCAAACUUAUUUGAUGAAGAAUAAGGACAAUACUUAAGAUUAAAUGCUCUAAAAUAUCUUGAAAAACCACCUGAAAUAUAAAGAGAAGAUGAUCCAUUUAUUACUAAUGGCUCUUUAGCAAUCACAUAUAUUCUAGUGCAAACUGUAGAAUAGUAUAAGGCAGAUUAAGGGUUGAAGUUUUAACCUAGUUAUGUUCAUUAAGUAUUUAGAUAAACAAAUGAAAUUUAUGGCUAUAAGGAUCUUAAAAUUACAAUUCAUGUCACAGCACUUGGAUUGAAACCUUAUAUUAAAGUAUUUAAUUUUAGAAUAUCUAAUAUAGAUAUCUUAUAGCGAGUAAACAGAGGAUGCAGAUGAUUUAUAAGAGAGCUUCAAUAAAGUAUAUGAGGCUGGAUUUCUUUCUACUGAAGAGUAAUUUAUUAAAGCUCUUGAAGAAGAAUAAAAUCAGGAACCCUUAGGAGAAUUAAUUGAAGAAUAUGGAGAUUUCAAAAUAUAUAAAUGUUAAAUGGUAACCACAAAUGGAUUUAUCUAAUUCAAACCAUUUUUAUAAGCAUUUCUUUUAGUUUUAAUUGAUGGAGUCCAAUAUCCAGGUGAUGAAAAUGAAUGGGUUUAUUUAACAUUAUAUGAAAAACGUUAAUUUGUUGGUUUGACUACUGUUUUUAAGUUUAAUAUUGGAUGGAAUAAACAAAGACAUCGUUUAAGUCAAAUGUUAUUCUUACCAUAAUAUUAAAGAAAAGGACAUGGAAGUAGAAUGUUAAGAGCUGUUUAUAAAUUAGGAUUGGAAGAUGAGAAAUGUUUAUAAAUUACAUUAGAAGAUCCAUCUGAAGAUUUUUAAGUGAUGAGAGACAUUACUGAUUCUAAAAUCUUGCAUGAACAUUUUAAAGAUAUAAUACCAAAUAAAGUAUUAAAAGUAAUUAAUUUAAAUUAGAUAAUUAAUACAAUAUAAGAGAUUGUUGAUAUACCUAAAGAUAAGCUAUUUGAAAUUAUGAAGAAAACUAAAUUACAUGCAUAAUAAAUAAAACGAGCUUAUUCAAUAUAUUUAUAUGCUUUUAUUAAUAAGUAAUUUAUUUAUUUUUAUUAAAACAUUAAAGAAAGUCUUCAAAAUUGAUGACUGAGUUUGCUAGAUAUUUAUUAAGAGAACAUUAAAAACCAUAUAAUAGAAAGAAGAAUAUUUUGGUUAGAUUUGAGAAUGGCAGUUCAUUAGAUCCAAAAUAAAUGCAUCUUCUUGAAUUAAAGGAAAAGGAAGAUAGAAAUAUUAUAGCUGAAGAAAGUUUAGGAGAUGAAUUUUGUUUGUUUGAACUUAUUGCUACAAAAUUAAGAAAGGAUAAAGUAAUUUGA